AAGCGAGGCAGGCAGGCGGCCGGGAGCGAGGGCGCGCGGGCGGCGGCGGCGGCGUCGAGACCAGAGGACGAUCCGGGACGCGGCGCCGUGGCACCAAGGCGCGCAGACGGGCCGGCCCGACCCCACCGGCCACACGGUGGAGCCUUCCGCAGAAACACAAACCCAGAGGCAGCCUGAGGCGAAGUUUCACUGGACUUUUUCACUCAGCACCCGGAUCUAUGUCUGACUUUUAACUCUCGCUUACAAAGACUACGAUAAUUCCUUCCCCAAAGCCAAGCAGCCCCCCAGCCCCGUGCAGCCCCAGCCUGCCUCCCACCGCCCAGCUGCCCGCAAUGCCCUCCAGCGGCCCCGGUGACACCAGCAGCUCCGCUCUGGAGCGGGAGGAGGACCGCAAGGAGGGAGAGGAGCAGGAGGAGGCCCGUGGCAAGGAGGAGCGGCAGGAGCCCAGCACAACUGCACGGAAGGUGGGGCGGCCUGGGAGGAAGCGCAAGCACCCCCUGGUGGAGAGCAGUGACACACCGAAGGACCCGGCGGCCACCUCCAAGUCCCCAUCCAUGGCCCAGGACUCGGGCACCUCAGAGCUGUUACCCAAUGGGGACUUGGAGAAGCGGAGUGAGCCCCAGCCUGAGGAGGGGAGCCCCGCUGGGGGACAGAAGGGCGGGGCCCCAGCAGAGGGAGAGGGCGCAGCCGAGACCCCGCCUGAAGCCUCCAGGGCCGUGGAGAACGGCUGCUGCACCCCCAAGGACGGCCGGGGAGCCUCCACAGAAGAGGGCAAAGAACAGAAGGAGACCAACAUCGAAACCAUGAAAAUGGAGGGCUCCCGGGGCCGGCUUCGGGGUGGCUUGGGCUGGGAGUCCAGCCUCCGCCAGCGGCCCAUGCCGCGGCUCACCUUCCAGGCGGGGGACCCCUACUACAUCAGCAAGCGCAAGCGGGACGAGUGGCUGGCACGCUGGAAAAGGGAGGCUGAGAAGAAAGCCAAGGUGAUUGCAGUAAUGAACGCUGUGGAAGAAAACCAAGGCUCCGGCGAGUCUCAGAAGGUGGAGGAGAAUAGCCCUCCUGCCGUGCAGCAGCCCACUGACCCCGCAUCCCCCACUGUGGCCACCACACCUGAGCCUGUGGGGGCUGACACCGGGGACAAGAAUGCCACCAAAGCAGCCGAUGAUGAACCAGAGUACGAGGACGGCCGGGGCUUUGGCAUUGGGGAGCUGGUGUGGGGGAAACUGCGGGGCUUCUCCUGGUGGCCAGGCCGCAUUGUGUCUUGGUGGAUGACGGGCCGGAGUCGAGCAGCCGAAGGCACCCGCUGGGUCAUGUGGUUCGGAGACGGCAAGUUCUCAGUGGUGUGUGUUGAAAAGCUGAUGCCGCUGAGCUCCUUCUGCAGUGCGUUCCACCAGGCCACCUACAACAAGCAGCCCAUGUACCGCAAAGCCAUCUACGAAGUCCUGCAGGUGGCCAGCAGCCGUGCCGGGAAGCUGUUUCCACCUUGCCACGACAGCGAUGAGAGCGACACUGCCAAGGCCGUGGAGGUGCAGAACAAACAGAUGAUCGAAUGGGCCCUUGGAGGGUUCCAGCCCUCUGGCCCCAAGGGCCUGGAGCCACCAGAAGAGGAGAAGAACCCCUACAAAGAAGUUUACACAGACAUGUGGGUUGAACCUGAGGCAGCUGCCUAUGCACCACCCCCACCAGCCAAAAAGCCCCGAAAGAGCACAACUGAGAAGCCCAAGGUCAAGGAGAUUAUCGACGAACGCACAAGAGAGCGGCUGGUGUACGAGGUGCGGCAGAAGUGCCGGAACAUCGAGGACAUUUGCAUCUCUUGUGGGAGUCUCAACGUCAGCCUGGAACACCCUCUCUUUAUCGGAGGAAUGUGCCAAAACUGCAAGAACUGCUUCCUGGAGUGCGCGUACCAGUAUGACGACGACGGCUACCAGUCCUACUGCACCAUCUGCUGUGGGGGGCGCGAGGUGCUCAUGUGUGGGAACAACAACUGCUGCAGGUGCUUUUGCGUGGAGUGUGUGGAUCUCCUGGUGGGGCCAGGGGCUGCCCAGGCGGCCAUUAAGGAAGACCCUUGGAACUGCUACAUGUGCGGGCACAAGGGCACCUACGGGCUGCUGCGGCGGCGGGACGACUGGCCCUCUCGGCUGCAGAUGUUCUUCGCCAAUAACCACGACCAGGAAUUUGACCCUCCGAAGGUUUACCCACCUGUCCCAGCCGAGAAGAGGAAGCCCAUCCGGGUGCUGUCUCUAUUUGACGGAAUCGCUACAGGGCUUCUGGUGCUGAAGGACUUGGGCAUCCAGGUGGAUCGCUACAUCGCCUCGGAGGUGUGCGAGGACUCCAUCACUGUGGGCAUGGUGCGGCACCAGGGGAAGAUCAUGUACGUCGGCGACGUCCGCAGCGUCACGCAGAAGCAUAUCCAGGAGUGGGGCCCGUUCGAUCUGGUGAUUGGGGGCAGUCCGUGCAAUGAUCUCUCCAUCGUCAACCCUGCCCGCAAGGGACUCUACGAGGGCACUGGCCGGCUCUUCUUUGAGUUCUACCGCCUCCUGCAUGAUGCGCGGCCCAAGGAGGGAGAUGACCGCCCCUUCUUCUGGCUCUUUGAGAAUGUGGUGGCCAUGGGCGUUAGUGACAAGAGGGACAUCUCGCGAUUUCUCGAGUCCAACCCUGUGAUGAUUGAUGCCAAAGAAGUGUCAGCUGCACACAGGGCCCGCUACUUCUGGGGGAACCUUCCUGGUAUGAACAGGCCGUUGGCAUCCACUGUGAAUGAUAAGCUGGAGCUGCAGGAGUGCCUGGAGCACGGCAGAAUAGCCAAGUUCAGCAAAGUGAGGACCAUUACGACUAGGUCGAACUCCAUAAAGCAGGGCAAAGACCAGCAUUUCCCCGUCUUCAUGAAUGAGAAAGAGGACAUCUUAUGGUGCACUGAAAUGGAAAGGGUGUUUGGCUUCCCUGUCCACUAUACCGAUGUCUCCAACAUGAGCCGCUUGGCGAGGCAGAGACUGCUGGGCCGGUCGUGGAGCGUGCCGGUCAUCCGCCACCUCUUCGCUCCGCUGAAGGAAUAUUUUGCUUGUGUGUAAGGGACAUGAGGGCAAACCGAGGUAGUGACACAAAGUUAAACAAACAAACAAAAUUCACAAAACACAACAAAACACCAAGAACGUGAGGAUGGAGAGAAGUAUCAGCACCCAGAAGAGACAAAGGAAUUUAACAACCACAGAGGCGGAAGUACCGGAGGGCUUUUGCCUUGCGGAAAGGGUUGGACAUCAUCUCCUGAUUUUUCAAUGUUACCCUUUAGUCCUAUUUAAAAACAAUACCAAGUUCUCUCCCCGCCCGCCCCCCUUUUUUUGGUCAAACCUUUUGUUUUCUACUCUUUUUUUUUUUUUUCAGAGGGGUUUUCCAUUCGUUUGGGUUUUUGUUUCUUGCUGUGACUGAAACAAGAGGGUUUAUUGAUGCAAAAAUCAAUAACAAAAAAUAGUAACAAUACCUUGCAGAGGAAAGAUAAGAAAGAGAGAUGGAAAAAAAGGAAAUUCUAUAGAAAUCUAUAUAUUGGUAUUGGAUUUUUUUUCUUUACUAUAUAUCUUUUAUUUUGUUGUUGUCUCUAGCCUGAUCAGAUAGGAGGACAAGCAGGGGACAGAAAACAGAGAGACACUCAGGAGGCAGAGCCCCCUCCCAGCCACUGAGCUGUCUUGCCAGCACCAUUCCUGGUCAUGCAGAGCAGAGCCCAGCUAGCAGCAGGGAGACGAGAACACCACACAAGACCCUUUUAUACAGUAUUUCAGGUGCCUACCACACAGGAAAUCUUGAAGAAAAUCAGUUUCUAGAAGCCGCUGUUACCUCUUGUUUACAGUUUAUAUAUAUAUGAUAGAUAUGAGCUAUAUAUAUAAAAGGUACUGUUAACUACUGUACAACCUGACUUCAUAAUGGUGCUUUCAAACAGCGAGAUGAGUAAAAACAUCAGCUUCCACGUUGCCUUAUGUGCAAAGGGUUUUAACCAAGGAUGGAGAGAGGGAACAAUAGCUCGAAGGUGGAUCUCCAUCAAGGUGGGCUUUUCCCCCCUUGGUGUUCAAUGAGGUGAAGGAGAACUCGGGAACAGUGUUCCCCGCUUCUCCCUGCCAAAAAGGGGGUGAGGUGGUCGGGACCGUGGACAGCUGAGAGCGGGAUUCAUCCAGGAUCACGCAAUAACCUUUUGAUUUCUUUCUUUUAUCAAAAAGGAGACUCCCUCAGCAAGGUGGCAGGAUAAGGGGUCUUCAUUCCAACUUUCUCACAUUAGCUGAUUCGAGGGCUCCUCGUGGUGGGAUCAGAAAUAAUCCAGAGUGAGGGAAAGUGACCGUUCAAACCCCACCUGGAGCAAAUAAAAAAACAUACAAAACGUACUGGUGCUUUCCUGUCUAAAGUCGCCUUUUGUGUGUUCUUUUAUGAGGCCCCACCAUCCACCCUCUGUGCACAAGGUGGCUUCUGGCCCUGGAAUGUGAUGUUUUUGGUCAUCUCCAAAGGCUGCAGUUUUAUACUGGGAGGCUGAUGACACCUUUUGUUAUAAUUAUUCUUAUGGUUCUGGUUAUAGUUAUGUUUGUUUUCAGAUUUUUCGUUAAGACACAGAAACCCAACCCCCCCCCCCCUUUAGGUUUCAAACCAAGGUGCGGGGAGCAGGGUGCUU